GAGCACACUGUGAAGAUUGUCCUUUUUCCUAAUUUUUCUCUUUUUGUAGAAUUGGUAUUACAAUGAACCCUGUCUAAAAUGCUUCCCACUCUCUCUCUCAUAAAAUUAUUUUGGAUAUUAUGAAGAGAAUGGAAUUAAUAUAAGUAAUACAUAUAUCAUGUUAGCCAUUUACUAAUCAAUUGGUUCAAGGAAUCUACAAAUUGAUUUGAGUUUUGUACUUCUAAGUUGCAGUUCAGUAUUGAAAGGCUAUUUUGAUUAUAAAUGGCAUUGAAAUUGUAUUUUCUAUUUUAUUUCUACCAGAAAUAGCUUGAAGCAGAUUACAAUGUAGUAUCACAUGUUUACAUUAGUUGUCACUACAAGGAAUUCUCUUUGUUGCAUACUCAUACUAAAUAAUGUACUAUGUUUCCUUUGGGUGUUCAUUGUUUGAUUUUCUUAUUGUUGUUUGCUUGAAUAUUCAUAAAAUAUAUGCAUAAUCAGUAUUGUAGAAGGGUUGCAUUGGAAGAUCAUACUAGUUCUCUGCCCGAUGACAUCCUCUUGCACAUUUUGUCACUGUUGAGGCUGAGGGAGGCAGUAGCCACUAGCUUCCUUUCCAGAAGAUGGCGAUAUUUAUGGACUUCCAUCCCAAAACUUAAUUUUGAAUUAGAAGAAAUCUUUCCACAGUUGGACAGGGAAGCAUAUAUAAAAAUGGUCAAUCAAGUUUUGAAGCUUUACAAGGGUUCAAAUCUACAUGAAUUUAGCAUCCAUUACCCAUUAUUAGAAAAUUCAAGCUGUCAUAUUGACCUUUGGGUUGCUUUUGCAAUUGCCACUGGGGUUUCUCGACUUGAACUGAACUUCAGUUUUGAUGCCUUUUGGAAGAAUGAAAUUAUCCCACGUCGGUACGGUGAUGAAUCAAAGGGGAAGACGUAUUACUUGCUUCAAUUGGAUCGCAUUUCCUCUGUUCUUGUCUCUCCUCUUAUUGCAAAGAAUCGCUUAAAGUCUUUUAAAGAAAUAAUCCUAAAUUGUGUACACACUACAGACAGUUCGUUUGAAACCAUUUUAUCUGCUUGUUCUUCUCUUGAACGCCUUGUUUUGUUUAACUGUCAGAAACUAAUCAAUGCAAAGCAUACUGGUCAGAACUUAAAGUUGAAAUUCUUAGAGAUUUUCAUAUGUCGUGACUUAGAGAAUAUGGAAAUUUUUGCUCCAGAUUUGAUUGCAUUUAAGUAUAAUGGGCCAAAGAUAAACAUUUCUCUCCAAGGUGCUCAACAGCUUGUUAAUGUAUGCGCCAUUUCUUUUUGUGAAGUGUUUGAAUAUCCAUGUACAAGUUAUUUAGGUUUGCCCUAUCCGGAAAGGAAAGAUUUUGUUUUUGGUCAGUUUGCAAUCUAUCUUUCCCAGCUUGAGCAUUUGAUGAUGGAUGUUAGUUCUUUCGAGGUAAGCAAAACGUAUUUAAAUAUGCUGCUUUUUUCUCUUAAGCUCAGUCAUUUACUGCUAGGUUGGUGAUUCUUCAGGGGACAAGGUUGAUCAAUGAGGUCCCUCAUUUCUGUAAAUUAAAACAAUUGUCGUUGCGAUAUUUUGGUGUACACCCUACGUCACUAUGUUACAAUACAGCCACUUCCUUUUUGAAGGCAUCUCCGUUAUUGCAUCGGCUUGAGUUACAUGUG